AUGGCUCUCUGCACCACUUGUCACGAAGCAUUAAGUCUGGACAACGUAGGCUCAUUUCAUGAACUGGCUAUUCCACAUCAUUCGUCUAUUUCAGCCUUUCUUGCUGCUGUGAGCCAGAGAUGUCAUCUUUGCUGGUCAGCACACCGCCACCUGCAACCCCACAUCAAGUCGAAGUUUGAUGAACUGGCCUCCCAAGAAGCGUCACGUUCUGUUACAUCUCAAGGGUCUUCUUGUCUUUCUUCUGCGAGAAAGGCUGACAAGGUCACGAGGAUCAUUUGGAAGAAGGAGUACUCUAUACUCAAUGGCCCACAAUAUCUUAACCUCAACCUUGAACUUGAUGGAAUUCCUGGUCGGACGCCAAUUGGCUAUAAGUCUUUAUUCUUCAUGCCAACAAUAGGCAUGUCCCAGGCAUCUGUUUCCUACAGGUCUAUUUUCACUUCGCUAAUAUCUAGAAGAUGCAAAGAAGUUCCCCCAGCAGAUGAACCUCUCUUCCAAUACCAGCUCACCAGCGUCUCUCGGCAUGGUUAUGGGUUGGCUGGACCAAUAUUGCUUGAUAUUUCUGGAGAAUCAGGGCAAAUUCGUCUUGUGUCUGGUACUCAAGUCUCGUCUACUGAAUCAUACAUCACACUGAGCUAUCGAUGGGGCACAAGAAUGGACAUUAUGCUGACCCAGCAGAACCAGGCUGAUCUGAGACUUGGGUUAUCAGUUCAAAAGCUAUCUCGCACUUUCCAGGACACCAUACUAGUUGCUCGACAGAUUGGCGUCCGGUUCCUGUGGAUCGAUCGACUAUGCAUCAUUCAAGACGGUGAUGAUGGACGUGAUUGGGCCGCUGAAUCCAUACGCAUGGGUUUAAUUUACCAACACGGCUAUUGUAACAUAUCGGCUGAUAGUGCAUCAGACACACAAGGCCUCUUCUUUGAUCGCGACUUAGACUUUUUCCGGCAAGUUAGGAUAUCCACGAGAGAUGUAGGUGGAAGUAUUACCGAAUGGACUUCAAUAGAUAGGGACAUGUGGGCGACUGAGGUAAACAAUUCAGUAUUGAAUAGCCGCGGCUGGGUAUUCCAAGAGCGACUCCUAGCAUCGAGGGUCAUACACUUCUGCCGUCAAGAAAUCUUCUGGGAGUGUCGUCAACGUUUCUGUUGCGAAAGCUUUCCAGAAUCUUUACCAUCUGCUGAGGUCCUAGACCUUAGCCAGACAGCGUCUCUGAGACAGCUACCUACUGAGUUAGCGAAAGAUUCUCCUUGGGCUGGAAUUAUGGAUUUUCCAAUUGAGGACCUGCCAUAUGAUGGUUGGGAUGAUGUCGUCAAGGCCUAUACCAAGUGCCAGUUCACCUAUCCUCAAGACAAACUUGUGGCCAUCGCUGGUGUUGCAAGACAUAUGAAGUCUUCGAUCAAGGACAUUUAUUUAGCGGGCAUGUGGAAAAAGCGUCUCUCUGCUGAGUUGGCAUGGUGGGUAUACCCUGAUCGCGACCGAUACACCUACGGCCAAGAGCCCUCUUACUACGCCCCAUCCUUUUCCUGGGCCUCUGUGAAAGGUCAGAUCAACUCAUCAGGACCUUUCGCUUUGGGGAUUUUAGUCGAGGUCGAUUGUGUCACCAUGGAUAGUGGGCAACACAAUGGCCGACGUGACAAACCAAUUUUGGAAGACGUCUUUGGUGUUGCACUUAAGUCUCCGAUGUUCCAACUCAAGGUGAUUGGAAAGCUUCGGUCAUUCAAGUUGCACAAGAAGGAGGUCUGGAAGGCUAUUAUGCCUGUCUCGACAUAUGCUGCAAAGCAGAGUGCUCUAACCACCAGCAUUGUGGAACUAGACGCUUGGCUGGACUUCGCAAUCCCGGAUUCUGAAAGCAGUUAUUUCGAGAGAGUCAAGAUCAAUUUCGACGUAUAG